CGAGCUCCAGCGAGCGAGCGCGGAGGGAGGGAGGAGGCCGCGCGCGCCGGAGGCGGAGGCAGCGAGCAGCAGCAGGACGAGCACGGCGCCGCCGCCGCGCAAUCCGCCGCCAUCCCGCCGCCCCGCGCCCGCCGCCCGCCGCCCUCGCCGCCCCGACGCGCCCGCGGAAGCAGACCAGGCAGAUCGGGAGCGGCGUUGAGAAAAAUAUCCUUACUAGAUGACAUUUCAUCGCAAUGUCCGAUCGUCUGGGGCAAAUAACCAAGGGCAAGGAUGGGAAAAGCAAGUACUCGACUCUCAGCCUGUUUGACAAGUAUAAAGGAAGACCAGUAGACGCCACCAGGUCCUCAGUUAUUCCUAGACAUGGCUUACAGAGUCUCGGGAAAGUGGCCACAGCCCGGCGCAUGCCACCACCUGCAAACCUGCCAAGCCUGAAGUCUGAAAACAAAGGAAACGACCCCAGCAUCGUGAUAGUGCCCAAGGACGGGACGGGAUGGGCAAACAAGCAGGAGCAGUCCGACCCAAAGAGUUCCAGUGCGACGGCCUCUCAGCCGCCGGAGUCGCUGCCGCAGCCGGGUUUGCAGAAGUCUGUCUCCAAUUUGCAGAAGCCGACACAGCCGAGCAGUCAGGAGAAUACAAAUUCAGUGCCAGGUGGACCAAAGUCAUGGGCACAGCUGAAUGGAAAGCCAGUAGGACACGAAGGUGGUUUAAGGGGCUCAAGCCGACUAUUAUCCUUCUCUCCCGAGGAGUUUCCGACGCUGAAAGCAGCUGGAGGGCAGGACAAGGCUGGCAAAGAAAAGGGCGUCUUAGAUCCGUCGUAUGGGCCCGGACCAAGCCUCCGCCCCCAGAAUGUGACGAGCUGGAGGGAGGGCGGUGGGCGAAGCACAGCCUCUGCGGUGUCUCUGAGCGCUUCCCCAGCUGAGCCGGGCAGCAGGAACUCCAGCGUGGGGGAUGGAGCCCCCUCCUCGGCAUGUACCAGCGAUUCUAAGGACCCCGCUCUCCGCCCGGCUCCUCCUGUCCGCAAAGGGACUUCACAGUUCCUGGGAAAUGUGUACCACCCUCCCACGUACCACGACAUGCUCCCUGCUUUUAUGUGUUCACCACAGCUAUCAGAGAACCAGGGUCCAGUGGAACGGGGUUCGUUCCCCCUUCCUCAGCUCCGGCUGGAACCCCGCGCUCCAUUUAGACAGUUCCAGAUCAACGGCCAAGAUGGGAAAGAAAGCAGGCUGGGCCUGACCCGCCCCGUCCGCCCACUGAGGCAGCUGGUGGAGCGCGCACCGCGGCCCACCAUCAUCAACGCAGAAAACCUGAAGGGCCUGGACGAUCUGGACACGGAUGCCGAGGACGGCUGGGCAGGCCUCCAUGAGGAAGUAGACUAUUCAGAGAAAUUGAAGUUCAGCGAUGAUGAAGAAGAAGAAGAGGUUGUGAAGGAUGGCCGGCCAAAGUGGAACAGCUGGGACCCGAGAACACAGCGACAGUUGUCCCUGAGCUCUGCAGACAGUGCUGAUGCCAAGCGCACUCCAGAGGAAGGGAAGGACUGGGGCGAAGCCGUGGGUGUGUCCCGUGUUGCCCGAAAGGUGCCGGAGCCUCAACCACCUCCCAGGAAGCUUCAUGGCUGGGCAUCAGGCCCAGACUACCAGAAAUCCUCAGUGGGCAGCGUGUUCCGACAACAGUCUGUCGAGGACAAGGAAGAUAAGCCACCCCCGCGGCAGAAGUUCAUCCAGUCAGAGAUGUCGGAGGCUGUGGAACGAGCCCGGAAGCGCAGGGAGGAGGAGGAGCGCCGAGCCCGGGAAGAGAGGCUGGCGGCCUGCGCUGCCAAGCUCAAGCAGCUGGACCAGAAGUGCAAGCAGGCCCAGAAGGCGGUGGAGAGGGAGGUCCCUCGGUCCCCAGGCACUGAGAAGGCCCCCCCACAAGAGAAUGGGCCUGCUGUCCGCAAAGGCUCCCCAGAAUUCCCUACCCAGGAAGGCCCCCCCACAUUCUCGGAAGAGGCACGCACAGCUUCCCCAGCUGUGGCCCAGAGCAGCAGCGGUGAGGAAGAGGCCAGGGAGGCCGGGUCACCUGCACAGGAAUUCAGCAAGUAUCAGAAGUCUCUUCCUCCCCGAUUCCAGCGCCAGCAGCAGCAGCAGCAGCAGCAGCAGCAGCAGCAGGAGCAGCUGUACAAGAUGCAGCACUGGCAGCCGGUGUACCCACCACCUUCCCACCCACCGCGCACCUUUUACCCGCACCACCCCCAGAUGCUGGGCUUCGAUCCCAGGUGGAUGAUGAUGCCUUCCUACAUGGACCCUCGGGUCACCCCCACCCGGACCCCUGUGGACUUCUACCCCUCGGCCCUGCACCCUUCAGGACUGAUGAAGCCCAUGAUCCCCCAAGAGUCUCUCAGUGGGACUGGAUGUCGCUCUGAAGAUCAAAACUGUAUGCCCCCACUCCAAGAAAGAAAAGUGACUGCCAUUGAUCCAGCCCCCGUCUGGAGCCCCGAGGGCUACCUGGCACUGCAGAGCAAGGGCUACUCACUCCCCCACCCGAAGUCAAGCGACACUUUGGCUAUGGAUGUGCAUGUCAGGAAUGAAAGCUCUUACUCUGCUUCCCCCGGAAGGUCAGGGGGCGUAAGUGCCCAGCGCCAUCUCUUUGAGGAGAGAGGGGAGGAGUACUUGAGUGCUUUUGACAAGAAGGCCCAAGCAGACUUUGACAGCUGUAUCUCUUCUCAAAGAAUAGGCCAGGAGCUUUUAUUUCCACCCCAAGAAAAUGUUCAGGAGGUGGGCACUCCUGGGGGCCAUGUCCAAAACCUCAGGCGUCCCCCGCUGGAGCCUGACUUUGUCCCAGUUGAGAAAAAGCCAGAGUAUUGCAGCUGGGACAUUGGCCACCAGCCAAAGGCCGCCGACACAGCCAAGGGUGUUGAGCAGGAGGUGCCCCGGGAGGAGCCGUCCUUCCAUGCCACCUCCUGGGAGAAGGAAGGGGGCCCUGACAAACAGCCAGACGCGGAGCCCGCGUGGACACCGGAGCCCCGGAGCGCCUGCAGCCAGCACCAGGAGCAGCCGGGCAGGACCCGGAGGUCUGGGCCCAUCAAGAAGCCGGUCCUCAAAGCCCUGAAGGUGGAGGAGAAGGAGAAGGAGCUAGAGAAGGUUAAGCGGGGGCUUGGGGAAGAGAAUGCACGGCUGGCCACAGAGAAGGCUGAGCAGGACGAGGACGAGGAGAACGACCCUGCUCUGGCCAAUGCCCCCCCUUCCACUCUGGAGGACAAAGCUUCCACCCGCGCUGGGUCUGGCCAUGAGGCCAGCAAAUGGGAUGCAGAUGAAGACAAGAAGCCUGACAAGGCCUGGGAGACCAGACCGUCCCGAGAGACCAGCGACAUUCCGCCAACCAAGAGAAACAACUGGAUCUUCAUCGACGAGGAGCAAGCCUUUGGGGGCCGGGGCCAGGCCCGCAGCCGGGGCCGAGGUUUCAGAGAGUUCACUUUUCGAGGUCGGCCAGCCGGUGGAAAUGGGAGCAGCCUGUGUGGCGGGGGCAUCCUGGGGGCCCGCGGCAUCUACAGCAGCAGCCAGAGGGGUGGCCGCGGCCGGGGCCUGCGUGAGCUUCCCCAGCCAGAGGACGGCCCCAGAGCCAAGCCACGACGGCGCAUCGCCAGUGAGACCCACAGCGAGGGCUCCGAGUACGAAGAGCUGCCCAAGCGGCGCCGGCAGAGAGGCUCGGAGGGCGGUGCAGAGGGCUCGCUCCUGGAGCGGGAGGAGGGCGCCUUGAAGACGGACUCCUGGCGCUCCAACAAGGUGUACUCCGAGGACCAGAGCGGCCCGGAGGCCAGGAGCCGGGGCCCGCGGGCCUGCGGGCGUGCACUCCCGCCCCGGCUGAGCAGCUGCGGCUCCGGGCGCAGGGCCUUUGCCCCCAAGGAGCCCAUGCCCUGGCAGAGCAGGAGCCCGGGCGGCUCUUGGCAGGAGUACAGCACCACCGACGCUUGCGGGACCCGGCGCGCCACGGACAGAGACUAUGUCCCCGACUCUUACAGACAUGCGGACUCGUUUGGCAGUAGGGCCUUUGAGGACAGCCGCUUGGAGGACAAGAGGUCCUUCUUCCAAGAUGACCAUGUGACAGAUUCUGAGAAUGCUGAGAACCGGCCCUUCCGAAGGAGGCGCCCCCCACGCCAAGAUAAGCCCCCGCGCUUCCGGCGCCUCCGGCAGGAGCGAGAAUCCUUGGUCCUGUGGGGCCCGGAGGAGGAGGCCCCCCUGCUGGCAGGCCAGUGGCCGGGCCGGCCCAAACUCUGCCCUGGGGACAAGGGUGGCACAGGGGCCCGCAGGUCCCCAGAGCCAUCCUGCCACAAUUCCUCUGACCACGCCAACGAGGAGUGGGAGACAGCCUCUGAGAGCAGCGACUUCAGCGAGCGCAGGGAGAGGCGCGGGGGCCCUGGGGAGCCCGACCCACAGGGGGACAGCGGCUUUUCGGGGGCCGGUCUGGGUGAGAAGAAGGAGCUGGCCAAGAGGAGCUUCUCCAGUCAGAGGCCCCUGGCGGACAGACAGAGCCGCAAGCUGGAGCCGGGAGGGUUUGGGGAGAAGCCCGUUAGGCCAGGUGGUGGUGAGACGUCCCCCCGCUAUGAGAGCCAGCAGAGUGGGACGCCCUUGAAAGCCAAAAGGUCCCCAGAUGAUGCCCUGCCUGGAGGCCUUGGCUGCAGCAGUGGGAGUGGCCACUCGCCCUAUGCCCUGGAGCGGGCCACACACACCAACUCUGAUGGUCCAGAAGCCACCAGUAAGAAGGCAGAGAAGGAGGCCAUGCUGGCCAUUCAGAGGGCUGGGGAGCAGGAGGAGACCCGGAAGCAAUUUGACCUGAGCUACGGAAGUGCCAUCACCGAGAGCUGUGCGACUGGCCCUGGGGAGGAGAGCGAAGUGGGCUCCGUGGUGGGCGAGGGCUUCAUUGAAGUGCUGACUAAGAAGCAGCGCCGGCUCCUGGAGGAGGAGAGGAGAAAGAAGGAGCAGGCCGCACAGGUGCCAGUCAAAGGUCGAGGCCUUUCCUCCCGUAUUCCCCCUCGAUUUGCUAAAAAGCAGAACAACUUGUGCCUGGAGCAAGGUGAUGUGGCCGUGCCUGGCAGCAGCCUGGGCACUGAGAUCUGGGAGAGCAGCAGCCAAGCCCUCCCUGUGCAGGCCGCAGCCGGUGACUCCUGGAGGAAAGCCGUCUCUGCCUUCGGCAGCACUGAGCCCAGCUCCACUGAGCAGGGUUUUAAGAGCAGCCAGGGAGACAGUGGUGUUGACCUGAGUGCUGAGUCUCGGGAGUCGUCCGCAACCUCCUCGCAGCGCAGCUCCCCAUAUGGAACUCUGAAGCCAGAGGACAUGAGUGGACCUGGCCUGGCAGAACCCAAGGCCGACAGCCACAAGGAGCAGGCUCAGAAGCAGUCUGAGCAAAAGGACUCAGAACAAGGCUCAGGACAAAGCAAGGAGCACAGACCAGGACCCAUCGGCAAUGAACGUUCACUGAAAAACAGAAAGGGCUCGGAGGGGGCGGAGCGCCUGCAAGGGGCCGUCGUCCCGCCUGUUAACGGGGUAGAGAUUCACGUGGACUCCGUGCUGCCUGUGCCGCCCAUCGAAUUUGGAGUCAAUCCAAAAGACUCUGAUUUCAGCUUACCGCCUGGUUCUGCCUCUAGUCCUGCAGGGAAUGCAGUGGUCAAACUUCAGGAUGCCUUGGCUAGCAACGCAGGGUUGACACAGAGUAUUCCCAUCCUCCGGCGGGAUCAUCAUAUCCAGAGGGCCAUUGGCCUCUCCCCAAUGUCCUUCCCCACCGCUGAUCUCACACUGAAGAUGGAGUCUGCACGGAAGGCUUGGGAAAACUCCCCCAGUUUGCCAGAGCAGAGCUCUCCAGGAGGUGCUGGCUCGGGAAUUCAGCCUCCGUCCUCUGUGGGCGCCUCCAGCGGGGUCAGCUACAGCUCCUUUGGUGGAGUCUCCAUGCCACCCAUGCCUGUGGCCUCUGUAGCCCCUUCUGCUUCGAUGCCAGGCAACCACCUCCCGCCUCUGUACUUAGACGGUCACGUGUUUGCAAGUCAGCCCCGGCUGGUCCCUCAAACCAUACCUCAGCAGCAGAGUUACCAGCAGGCUGCCGCCGCCCAGCAGAUCCCAAUCUCCCUUCACACGUCUCUGCAGGCUCAGGCUCAGCUUGGACUGCGGGGCGGGCUUCCCGUCUCCCAGUCUCAGGAGAUCUUCAGCUCUUUGCAGCCCUUCAGGUCUCAGGUGUACAUGCACCCCAGCCUGUCACCACCCAGCACCAUGAUCCUCUCUGGGGGCACGGCCUUGAAGGCUCCGUACUCAGCAUUCCCAGGCAUGCAGCCCUUAGAGAUGGUGAAACCCCAAUCCGGCUCACCCUACCAGCCCCUGAAUGGAAACCAGGCCCUGGUCUACGAGGGCCAGCUCGGCCAGGCUGCUGGUCUGGGCGCCUCCCAGAUGUUGGACUCCCAGCUGCCACAGCUGACCAUGCCACUGCCUCGGUAUGGCUCCGGGCAGCAGCCACUGAUCCUGCCACAGUCCAUCCAGCUGCCACCAGGGCAGAGCCUCUCUGUUGGGGCCCCUCGAAGGAUUCCUCCACCUGGGUCCCAGCCACCAGUCUUGAACACCAGCAGAGAGUCCUCUCAGAUGGAGCUGAAAGGCUUCCACUUUGCCGACAGUAAGCAGAAUGUUCCCACAGGAGGCUCCGUACCAUCACCACAGGCCUACAGGCCUAGCUCUGCUAGCCCCAGUGGGAAGCCCUCUGGAUCAGCAGUUAACAUGGGCUCUGUGCAGGGACACUACGUUCAACAGGCAAAACAACGAGUGGAUGAGAAGCCCAGCCUGGGAGCCGUGAAGCUGCAGGAGGCCCCCUCAGCCACCUCCCAGAUGAAGAGAACUGGAGCCAUCAAGCCUCGGGCAGUCAAAGUGGAGGAGAGCAAAGCCUGAAGGUGCCUGGCCAGUCUCGCCUCACCCCGGCAGGGACAGUGCCACCACCCAGCCCGGGCCGCCGCCACUCGGAACCUCACCGGACGCUCCGACCGAGCACCUGGCCCGGACCGAGAGCUCUGCUCCGCCCACUCCUCCCGCUCUGCCCACUCCUCCCGCUCCGCCCACUCCUGGAAGCUCAUGCCAGCCAGCUCGCACCGUGGACGUGGCACCGACCUGCUUGCUUUGACACAAAAGAGCACCGGCUCCCUCCCUCCCGCCCCUCCUCCCCACGUGACUGUGGAGUGAGUCACCUCUGUGCAGUCAGACCUGCCCGCCCCGUCCCCAGGCAGUGGUUGGCAGCUGGGUCAUUCUAGCCAGAGGCUUCUCGUUUUAAAAAGCAGCUAAGGUUUUUACAAAGGGGAAAGGAAAACAAAACGCCAGCUACGUCUGUAUAGCUGAACUUUUAUACGGUCCUCACUGUCCUCUCUGCCCUUCUGCUGUCCCCAGUGGUCUCCUCUUACCUCUGUCCUGUUUGACGCAUCGCUGCGAUACCUUAAGAGAUGCCUCUUAAGAAUGUGCCCCCGUGGGUCAGCCUUUGGGGUCACUGAGGACACCAUCGCUGAGUGCUCCAGUGUCAGCUCCCGCCUUGGCGGUGAGGUGAGUGGGGCAGCAGGUAGGUUGGCAUCUCCGUUGGGUUCCAGCCCCAGGCCGGGAGUUGAUGACGUUCUAGCAGAAGAAUUACACGGAAUCUCUGUCCUGGGCUCUUAUGAAGCCAGUGGACACGACUGCUGGGCACCAGAGGUGAACCUUGGUCAUCAGUGUCAUUUUCCAAAGCAGCCAGGAUGGCCGAGUCAGUGCUCCAUGGGUCCUGUCUGCUGUGCUUCCCAGGCCCCACACCCGCCUUGGGCUUUGCAUUUCCGCUGACUUCCUUUCCCUGCAACCUUCUACAACCUGCCUCUUCCCUUUCCUCCUCCUCCCAGAGCCUGCUGUGCUCUCUGGAUCCCAGUCACUCCACCCGCACACAACUCAUCACUAAAGCCACAGGGACAGGAGCACAAAGACCUUGCUCACUGGGGUGAUCUGUAAAGGUGUGUGGCCCCUAAGUGAGGUUGUAGGGAUUUUUCCUUGCCCUGCGCUUCAGUCCCAGCGCAGACCCACGUUGGGAUGAAGGAGCCCUAGCUAAGCAGCAGGUGUCAGUGCCACCCAUCUUAGAGCCAGCCAGGCAGGGUCAAGGUGAAGGUGGGCCAUGGGGCUGGCCGUGGUUCUAAAGCAGCCGUGGCGGCCUACCCGAAAGGACAGAGUCUUCUAUCUGGAGAGCUGCCCCUCACCAAAGACGUGGACCACUGCAUGCUGAGCUGCCUCUUCUCCAAUCACCCCAGAUUCCAUCAUUCCAAGGAAGUUUACGUAAAAGGGGAAACUUCAGGUUCUCAGAUGCUAUGCAGGGCCCCUAACCAGCCAUCCACCUGCAGGAGCCACCACCUGUCCCAGUGUGCCACCUGGGAGGGGUUGUCAUGUGCCUGUGUGGUUUACCCUCGGUGGCCCCGUGGGCCUGGUAGCUGUGGGAGCCCUGGGUACUGAGUUGUCUUCAGCAGAGCGGGGGGAAGCACAUGUAGGAACUGAGUGGCUUCUUGUGGCCUCUGCCGUUGUGAUUGGGGCUCAGACUUCCCCUGUGAUGCAGCACUACAGAUCACCCCUGGUGGCUUCCGGGUGGAGUAGUCACCGAAGGACCAUCGCUGCUCCAUCUCUAGCCCUCGGCGCCACCUCUGCUUGCCUCCACCCCAGACCUUACUGGCUUGGCUUCUUCACCUUUACUCUUCACCUUCUCAAAGGGCUGCCUGCGUGGAGUCUACAGCGCUGGCCUGCCCUUGUCCUUCAUCUGCUCUCCUCUUCCCCUGCAAGUCUGGUCUCCCCCACCCACUGCCUCCAUUGCCAAGCCGCCCCUUGAUGCGUCUGGGCCAGCGGGAGCACACGCAGCCACCUCUGUCUGUCCACCUUAUAAACACACCACACCCACUCACCUAAUGCCAGUGUGCAUUAUGUGUCAAAAGGAACAAAAAUUUUCUCAUUUCGAAAUUCAACAGAAUAGUCCUGGACGCUGUUAAAAUGCAAGAUGUCCCUUCAGGUGAACCUGGCACAGAAUGACAGUGCUUCCUGUUUGAGGAAAAGUAGGUCACCGGUUCUCAGCCCUCUCACCCCAUCUCCCUCCUUCCUGUCUCCCACCCCAAAUAAAGACAAGAAACACUAGAAUUUAUUUAUAUGUAUUGAUGUUGUAGGUCUAGGUGAAAAGAAGUAAAAAUGUUCCACUGCUCUAUUUAUAUAUAAUGUCUGAAUUACUCUGUGCAGGAAAGGCCAGGAAAUUGCAUGUGAAGUUUGAUGCGUUCGCCACCUCUGUGACCUCAGCUGUGGGCUCUUCCCCCAAGUGCAGAUCUUAAAUUAGACUCUGGGGGCGGAGGGCAGGCCUCCGGCCUCCUGACAUCUCAACCCUUCUGUGGUCUGAUUAAACGCAGUUUUUUAGUGCAGACUUUUUAAGGUGCAAUAUCUUUCUUCCUUUCAAGUGGUUUUAGGGCCAAUCUCAAGGUAAUAGGACUUAAGAGUCUUAUUUUGGUUUCAAACCCCCAUUCUCAGAUCACAGAUACAUGCAGAAGCUUCUGCCAGGAUGUCCUGGCCUUCAGCGGGAACAGGGGAAGCCCAGACCCACUUUGCUAUUGUUGAGGUAGGUAAGGGCCAGUGCAAGAUCCUCUCACCUGUCAGUCACCUCCGGAGGCUGGCAGUUUUGCCUGGACCGUUGAUGGUACAGCCUGUUACUUGGCAACCAGGGACUUUGUAAUAGUAGUAUUGGUCCUCUGCUGGCCACUCAGUGGAGUGAGAUUCAAGGGUAGGGUGUCUGAAAUGCAAUGUCCCCCCACUGGGGACUGGUUUCUUUACUGUUGGCUUCCCCUGCAUCAUUCACAUUUGUUUUCAAACUUGGGAGUUCACAGAACACUUCUGGCUCUAGUUCUCUUAAGGGGGAACAAAGGAUGACUUCAUUACACAUUCAGAAAAGGUUGAGUCCAAAGCUCUGGUCAUUCCUGCUGCUUCUAGGGGUAUUGGGGUGACUUGUUAGAUACAGAUGUUGCCUCCCGUCUUGGAUCUGCCUUCUGCACAUCAGUGAGGAAGUCUAUGACUGACCACAGAGACCAGGAGGCAAGUGUCUGCUCCAAUGCAUUGUCCUGCUGGCUCACGGAGGCAGUGCACAGCAACUCUGGCAAACUGGCUGCCCUCUGCCAAGUGACUGCCUUUGCCUCAAAUCUUUUUUGUCCCUUCUCACUUCUUGCAGGGCAAACCUGGGUUAGAGGGUCUGUUGGAAAUGACCAAGGAUACUAGUCUGUGUGUCUGCCUUGCCAUGUUCUGUGAUGAAUGGGAAAUGCAGACUUCCAGAAAGCCAGCCCUCUGAAUGUGAGAUGGACCUAAACAAGCAGGUCAUCUGGACAGGAGUGGCUCAGUGUUGGAGACAGACACUGUUACACAGCCAUGUUUUCUGCCCGGGCCACCAGCACAUCUGGCUAAUGACCUAGGUGCUUGAGACCUGCCAUUCACCAUUUCUCCGCCCAUUUGGUAGCCUCCAAGGUGGUAGCAGCAUUCUAGGGCCCUGUCUUCAGCAUGUCAGGAAGCCUGGAAGCAGAAAUUCCUAUAAAGGCUCUGGGCAGGUGGCUUUCUUCCACUGUUGAAAGGGGAUCCUGUACUCUAAGCUUUUGACCUCAUGCCUUGUGUAGUAAAAAGGAUUUGGGGGUUUUCUCUUUUGGUUUUGAGAGGGUUGUUUUGAUUUUGUUUCCUUUUGCUUUUAUUUUGGCCUUUCCUCUCUUUGUCUUUUCAUGUAGACCAGAUAUUUGAAAGGGCAGACGAUGGCUAAAGGUGUCUGUGCAACUUGUUUAUACGUGAUUUGGGGAAACUUUUACCUCGGAUGGGAAAAAUGGCAUCAUGGACUCACCCGGCCGUGCUGGACGCUCACCCUCCCUCCCCUCCAGUUGAGUACCUGUUGUUUCUCCUUUCAAAUAUGUGAUUGUACUAGCUCUUUCCAUAUGAAAGAACUCUCCUUAUUUAAAUAAAAAAAAAGGAAAAAAUAAAGCUGAAUAUGCUUUCUCAGGU